GGAGCAUUCUCCUGAACGCUGGUGAAAACUCUCGCCAUGGCUCCACCCAAGUUAAUCAAACAAGUCAAGAAACUAAGCUGUGCCCAGUGCUCUUGUUUCUGAAAUUCUUCCAAAUCUGAGGAACUUUCGAAGACAGCAGUAUCAAAUACUUCGAACCAUAACCAAAAGGAUCAAUCCGACCAGUGAAGAGAGUUGGUGCAAAAGCAAAGUACAGAACUGCUCUGACCCAAGUUGAAACAGAGAGAGGUGGUCGAGUGAAAUAGUAACCACAAGCCACACCAAGAUCAAAGCUUGGAUCAAAAGAAACACAAGUUCACCAAAAGCUGAGAAGGAAGCUUCUUGUCAAGACAAUACACGCGAGUGAGAUUGUGUAACCAACCAAUUCUAGCUCAAAUGCAGCAACACUCAAGGCCUCUCACACUCUUUGGAGCGAAAGGACUUGUUUUCGCAGAUUAGAAUCCGGUUCAGUUUCAAAUACCCAAAAACUAAACCAAUUCAAUUUCGGUUUGGUAUUUAAUUUUAAAUUUUCAAAUUGGUACGGUUUGAAUCGGUUAGCUUUUACCAGUUAAUUUAAACCUAAACUGUAGAGCCAAUUUGGACAGAGCUUCUUCUUGUCGGAAACUGAACCUAAUAUAAUAACGAUAACACUCGAUUCGAUUUGUUCAUCCUCUCCUCUCCGGAACCGGAAAUCUCGUGUUGGUAUCUGUAUCGGAGAAGAAGCUACUACAAUGGCGAAGAGGGAGAUUAGUAGUACUUUGAGGAAUCUAAAGUUUAUGCAAAGAUCUGCUGCGAAAGAGGAGAAGAAGAUUGAUAAAGAGCCAAAUGGGAGUUUUUCUUCUCUCGGAAGUGUCGUUGCAAAGAAGUGUGUGGUUAUAACAGACUGGGAUCCUCAGCCUGGAGCCUUGUUAGGACGCAUGUCGUUUCAGUCUUUCAACCCCUCCAUCGAGAAACUGAAUGAAGAAGCCACAAGCGGUCGAGAAACAGAUGCUUCUGUUCCCACAAGCUCUAGCAGUAAUGGAGGAAGAAUGUCUUUUAGUGAACCGAAGGUUGAGCCAAGCCGGGAAACAAACGGUGACUUGAAAAGGAAACAGUCUGAGGAACAAAACCAUCCAAGCAAGUCCCCUAAGAGCAGUGACAAACCAUCACCGAGCAACACAAAAGGCGGCAAUGGUUUCAAGAAACCCAAGGGCAGGAACGCAGCCUGGAGCGUUUUGAAGCAACUAAAACAACCUCAAACCAAAAAGGGUUUAAAUUAGCUGCCUGCAGCAACCUAUUUGCAGUUAGUUCACACCGGUUCAUAUGUGCUUGUAGAUUACUCCUUCCGCUUUGUGUUAGCUCCAGCCAUUUAUACGAAGGAAACAAUUUUGUCUUUCCAUCAAGGUUUUGAAUCCAUGAUUACUAUAUGUACUUGCAGGAGAGAAUAAGAUUCAUUCAAUUCUUGCGAUCAAACUGUUUCGACAAUACCAUUGGCAAACAAAAAUAAUGAAGCAA